UGGGGACUAUAUUUCGAGGUUAGCAGACGAAAAACCGUUGAAAACGGCCAAGGGCCAGCCAUUCUGUUGUAAUUCCUAAAAAUGGUUUGUAUAAUACUUACUUUAAUUACUGUUUAAAUCUGUUAUGGGCAUAUAAUUUGAUAUUAACUUAAAAAAUCAUUCAGUUUAUAAUCAAAAUAAUUUCCAAAUCAUAUGCGACAAAUAAAGUUAAAUUGUGUCCCCCAAAAUGGCAACAGAAUUAUUAUAACCACGCCGCCCCACGCCUCUCCAAGUUUAAUUUCAUUACAAACAUCAAUUACAAUGGUCUAAUUAAUUUGUUGUAUAACCUGUUUACAGGCUUACAUCUUGAGAAGUAUCUUCCUUUAAUUAUCAUUAAAAGAUUUCAUUUUUAUUUGUUUAUAAGUGUACAGUACUGAAUCAGGAUGUGGAUGGUCACAGUGAAUUUGAAUAUUUUGCCUUAAAAAUAUUUCCAAUCUAGUUCUAGCAUUAUAAUAAAAAUAGGCCUACCAUUCGAUUAGUCCUAAAUCUUACAAUAAUGUAAGUGUACAGGUUUCAAUGUAACAUUUUGUAGAUAAAAAAGAUUUUUCUUUAAUAUAAAUCUUAAACACAUUUUUGUUAAUAUUGUUCAAUUUAAAUUUUAAAUUAUUAUUCAUGAGAAAAAUAAAAAAUGUGCCAACUUUAACUUACAUUCAAAUUCAAGUUUUCAAUUUUUCAAAACAUAUAGUUACUGUUUCACACUUAUUAUAAUUUAUGUAAUGUAAUCACUUCUACACCCAAUUAGAAAUCACUCAAAAAAAAUUAAUUUAUACAAAUCAACAAUUGAAUAAGUAUAAUUAUAAUCUCCAACUUAUUUACAGUUUCAGUUAUGACAGUAUGUUUGCUUUUGGUAACAUAAUUAAUUACAUAAUCACUAGUUGGCUAUCCUCCAAAAGCUGGUCCCAAAAUCAAAACACUAGUAAAACACAUCAAAUUCAUUGGCAGUUCAAUAUUUUUUACCAAGUACAUAUAGUUUACAUUUUUAAAUGUGAUAAUUGUCACACAAGUAGUUAAAAAUGUUUUACCAAGAGCUUGGUCAAAUUUGAUGAUUGUCACACAACAACUUCAAAUUCUGUCUGAAAAUGGCUUGAUCCACUUUGCUAAACAUGAGGAAUUGUUGAACGUGUUAGUGUUAUGGUCGAUGUUGGUUGGAAAUCGGGGCUCACAGUAAGCUUGGCAGUCUGUGUGUCAAAACACCAGUUGACAUAAAAAGGCUAACCAAAGCUGAAGUUAGAUACUAAUACAACUUUGUGUAAUACCAAAAAUGCUGUAAUAUUCUAGAAAAAACAACACACAUUUGUUAUGCCAUUGAAAAGCAUUUUAAAGGCCCUAAUUAGUUUUUUUAUUUUUUUAUUUUAAACCUUCAUCGUUUUUUAUCAUGUUUAAUUUAGGCAUCACUUUUUUUAUUGUACUGAUCUUUUAAGGUGUAAAAAAAAAUGACAAAAACUUAUUAAAAUGAAUUAAAAAUAUAUCUUAAGUUAAUAAAAGAAAAUUUGUGUCGAUUUAGAAAGCUCACUAUUUAGUAAAGAGUUUUGUUAAAUAUUUUAAAAAUGAAACUGAUUAGAUAACUGUUACCAAAUGGUUAUGUAAUCAGUGAAGGAGUGAGAUUAUUUCAUGAAAUCAAUAUUUUUAUGGGUACCCCAAAAUUUUAUUUUCAGACCUUUUAGUGAUUUGAUGAUCUAGCUAAGCAUGUCACGAUUUCCUGUAAGUUUACUUGGAUAUCUAUCAAUGAAAUUUAAAGCCAUUAAAAUUAGUUUGGUUUCCAUUUUUAAUUUAAAUUAAAGACACCAUUUCCAAACAUUUUAAAACAGUUCAAUGUAUUAUAAAUAUAGAGUAAAGCAAAUAAGCUUAUUUUGCUAAAUGCUGUUAUUUAAGAAACAAGAGUACAUUUAGAUUUUGAGCAGCAAUUGAUUAGUAGCACUUCAGUAAUGAGUUAAUGAAUAAUUCAUUUUUUACAGAACCAUACUUAAUUCUGGAAUGCUUAACUGAAAAAAUUAUGUUUCUUACACAGUUAGAGUGUAUUAUUUAAGUACAGUUUUAAAAGUAUCUUCUUAAUUUUUUUCUCUUCAGAAAUGGCUCCUAUUGAAGGAGUGUUUAUCUUACCAAGAUGUUGUUAAAUUGCUUGAAAAUACACCAUCCACUUUAGAAUAUGCGCUAUCUCAGGACCUCAGUGAAGAGAUUCGUAAUAUAUAUAAAUUUGUCUGUACAUUUUGUCCUGAAUCCUGCAAUAAAGAAUUUAAAGAAUAUAGGCUGGAAGAAAUUGCUAGACAAAAAAUGCGUACACAUUUGAAAGAUCAUAUUAACUCUUUAAAAGCAGGUUUUUCUAAAGGUAAGAGAACAAACCAAAAGAAAUCAUUUUUAUUAUGGUUUAUUACUAAAUUUAUGGGAAUUUAAUAUUGCCUACUAAAGAUUAAGAUACUGAUGUUGUCAUAAUCCUCUUUAUCUUAUCAUAUUCGGUCAAAAUAAUAUUUUUUACUUCCAUUAUGGUGUUUGGAUAAAAGAAACAUUUCUGUUGUUUAAUAAAUCGUUUGACUUAUGUAUUUUAAAAUGUUAUUAUUUUAGAUGACAACAAAGAUUUUAGAACAAGAAAUCAAUUAUUUAAAGGAUCAAAGAGUGGUAAGCUUUUGUUUUUGUUGUUUUGUCUUUGAUUUAAAAUAAGAAACAGUAACAUUGAUGAAUAUAUGAUUAUCAGUUUAUAGCAUUAAACAGCUUAUUUGCUUCUACUUCUACAUCUUUGAUAUAGAUUUUUCAUCUUUUUUUAUUAUAAGUAUUAUUGUUUUAUCUUUUUUAUAUAUUUUAAACAUUUAUUUGAAGAUUUUAGUGUGUAGGGGUAGUUAUAUAUUUCUAUUCUAUUAUUUGGUAAUAUGAAAGAAAAUUGAUUGUCUGGCUUGCAGGACUUAAUUUGAAAAAUUUUGUAUAGCGGCUUGCCAAAAACCCACUCCAAACACCAACCUUAUCUGGCAUAUAUAUGAACUUCCUAAAAUGAUUGAGUUGGUUUAAUAACUACCUUAUUUACUUACUUACUUAUGCCUUUUUACCCUGUCUGGGGCAUAGGCCAUCCACAAGAAAUUUCCAUUCGUCACUGUCCUGUGCUUUCCUUUCCAGUCGCUUCCUGGAAUAACCACCUUAACCCCUCCCUAUCCAGAUAAUUAUUGGUUUCCCUUUAAUGAGCUUUCAUCAGAGUUAUCUGGCUGUGAAACUAAGGACAUAACAAGUCAGCUUUUAAAUGUUAAUCUAGCUCCCUAUGAUGCCUUCCUUAAUUAAUCACCAGUAAAGUCUGCUCCUCAGAUCCCUUAGCAGUAGCUUUAAUAUAAUAUGUCAAUAAUAUUAUGCUUUCUCUGUUUAAGCAACUCAAAAGCACAAGUCAACUGUACCCAUUAACAAAGGAGUACCAAGUAAGAAAUCAAAAAUAUUAAAGAAAAAUGACUUACCAGAUGUUAAAAGCAAAAUCAAACUUCCAAAAGUACAAAAUCAAAGAUACACAAAGUUGAAGGAGUCUUCAAGUGAGAAAAUAUUACCUGAAAAGCAUGAAGAUAUCCUUCAUUUAAAAAGAGAAAAUAGUGCUUUGCCCUCAGAAAUUGUAAAUUGCAGUGAAGAGAUUGAAGACCAAAUAGCUAUUCAAGAGUUAUGUGAAUCAAGUUCAAUUCAUGAUGAAUACUCAUCUGAAUUCAAAGCUGAUACAGAUGCUUCAGAAGACAAUGAUUUCAGUGACAAAAAAAAUUAUGAAAUGCAAACAAUCCAUGGUGGCAAAGAGUAAGUAUCUUUUGUGUAUUUUUAUGUAUCAGGACCAAUUCCUUCAUAGUUUUAAUAACUUUACCAAAAUGUGAUUCGAAAUUUUACAUAUUAAAAUAAAAGUGUGUCAUGAAAAAUCUUUUGCAGUUGCAUGUUAAUUAAACUAACUGGUAAUAGAUAAGAUUUUUAUGCAGGACAGAUAUAAAUCAUUUUUCCUAGUGCUAACUGAUUUAAUAUCUAUUUAUUGAUAACUUUUACGGUCAAAAGAAUGGCUCCUAUUAUCUUUUGUUACAUUUUUAUUAAAUUAAACACAUAAAUUAUCAGUUUCAUUGAAUCCAAAUUGUUUUACAAUAAAUUUCAGACAGGAGACUUUUCAGUAUAAAGUGGCUACAAAACUGUUUUCUGCAGAUCGUUCAUUGUGGAAUUCUAUAGAGCAGGCAAAAAAAUAUUCUUACCUUUUUAUAAAUACAAUAUUAAAUAAUAUGCAUUAUUUUUUUACUCAGGAAGCUAAUGUAAAUAAUGAAAGUACUCAAAAGAUUAUAGUAGUCCUACACUUUGAUUAAAUAAACUCAUCCACAUAACAAGUGGUUUAUAUUUGUAAUGUUUAUUAUUUAAAUAUAUAGUUUAGAUGAAUACUAACACAUUGAAAUACAUUAUCAUUUUAAUCUUAAUUAGUAUUGGUAAUUUGUAAAAUUAUCUUUAUAUAUAUGGUUUAUGGUGUUUUAUUCAGGUGCUUGAUGAAAUUGUUCGAACAGAAGAACCAUCAGAAAUAUUGUUACAGC